AUGGCCCAGAAUCGAGCUUCCUGGAUCAUGGCCCCCAGAUCUAGGCCUUUCGCUUUAGGCAAUGCCCCGACAUAUAAGCCUGGACGAGGAGAAAUCCUUAUCAAAUCCCACGCUGUUGCUGUGAAUCCGGUGGACUGGAAGAUUCAGGAUUCUGGCCGCUAUCUGACAAAGUAUCCAUUUAUCCUUGGCAGAGAUGCGGCAGGGACCGUCGAAGAAGUAGGUGAAGGGGUCACCCGAUUUCACAAAGGGCAGCGCGUGAUUGCACAUCUGCAUAGUGCUAAAUCGGGCAAUUUUGCCAAUGCAGCCUAUCAACUCUUUCCUGUGGCAUUGGAGCGACUUGCAGCUCCUCUUCCGUCACAAUUGAGCUUUGAACAAGGUGCUGCCAUGCCACUAGCUAUUUCCACCGCAGCUGCUGGCCUCUAUCUACCAGAGUACCUGGGUCUCCCAUUACCAUCGACCGCGCCGAAAUUUACAGGCAAGACGCUGGCAAUUGCCUCUGGUUUAGAAGCCAUAACCACCGCUUCUACGUUGAAUCAUGCCUUUGUCAGAUCCAUUGGGGCUACUGAGGUCUUCGACUACAAGUCCCCCUCUGUGAUUGAUGAUAUUGCUGCUAGGUUGCAGCACUCGGAACUCGUCGGUGUGUACGAUGCUAUAGGUGAGGAGAACAGUUUCACGCCCCUCGCUGCUAUAGUAAAGCUCCUUGCCCGGCCUAUUGCAUCGGUCACUGUACAUCCAUGCGAGAACCCGACUGAUGAUUUUCACCCUACAUACAUCUCUUCAUAUGGCAUUGCAUUUCCCCCAAACGAGAGAAUUGGUGAGGCUAUUUGGGAAGGAUUUGUGCCCGAGGCAUUAGCUAGUGGUCAGUUACAGGCCAAACCUGAUCCGAUGGUUCUUGGACACGGGCUGGAGAACAUCCAAAAAGGUCUCGACAGGCAGAAGGCUGGCGUCUCCGCUCAGAAAAUUAUUAUUACAAUUUAG